AUGGAAGAAGAGACCAAAGUCAUAUCAGAAGUUCCAGUGACAAAGGUUGUUGAGGAGGCAGAUCAUAAGAAAGAUGGCAUCAAGGAGACAAAUGGAGACUUGCCAAGUGAAGUAAAGAAAGAAGAGGAAGAGAAUGCCUUAGAUGGCGAAUUCAUUAAAGUUGAGAAAGAAGAGAACGCUGUAGAUGACAAGGCUCACAAAACUGAAAGAAGCUCAGAUUCUCCGAGCAGAGAAUUUCUAGAAGCUCAAGAGAAGAUACAGGAACUUGAGGUUGAACUACAAAGACUAACAGAAUCUUUGAAGACCUCUGAGCACGAAAACAAUCACCUGAGGGGAGAGAUCUCGGUUACAAAAGAGAAAUUGGAGGAAAGUGGAAAGAAAUGUGAAGAGCUUGAACUGAGUCACAAGAAAUUGCAAGAGCAGAUGGUUGAAGCUGAGAAUAAAUAUAAUCAGCAGCUCAGCAAUCUUGAAGAGGCACUGCAAAGUCAAGAAGGGAAGCAAAAGGAGCUUCUUCAUGUGAAGGAAGCAUUCGAUGAUAUCAACCUUGAGCUUGAAAACUCCAGAAAGAAGAUGCAGGAAUUGCAGGAUGAGCUGCAACGUUCAGCAGAUGAGGCACGGAAAUUUGAGGAACUGCAUAAGCAAAGUGGGUCACAUGCUGAAUCCGAGGGAAAGAAGGCCUUAGAAUUUGAGAGACUACUUGAAGAAGCCAAACUGACUGCAAAAGGAAUGGAAGAUGAGAUGGCCUCCCUAAAAGAAGAACUGAAGGGUGUUUAUGAUAAGAUUGCUGAAAAUCAAAAGAUUGAAGAAGCACUUAAAACAACAACUGCUGAACUCUCUACUAUCCAAGAGGAGCUGACACUUUCAAAAUCACAGUUGUUGGAAGUUGAGAAAAGACUGUCUUCAAGGGACUCUUUAGUGGAUGAGUUGACCCAUGAAUUAAACCUGAUAAAGACUUCAGAAACACAGCUAAAGGAAGACAUAUCAGCACUUCAAAAUCUAUUGGCCUCUACGAAGGAAGAACUGCAAGAAAAAAAUUCUGAGUUGGAAACUGCAAGGUCCAAAUUGCAGGAGGAGGAAAAAUUGAGGGAAUCAAUUGAAGCUGCACUCAAGAAUCAGGAAAAAGAGUUUCUCAAUGUACAAGAGGAGUUGACUAAACUUAAAAUAGAAAAGGGAACUCUUGAAGCAACCGUGGAAGAUCUAACCCGUAAUUCGAAGAAGUUUGAGGGGUUAUGCGCCGAUUUAGAGGAAAAACUGAAGCUAUCAGACGAAAACUUUCUUAAAACAGAUUCUCUUUUAUCUCAGGCACUUUCAAACAAUGCAGAGCUUGAGCUGAAGGUGAAGUCGUUGGAAGAUCUCCAUAAUGAAUCUGGAGCUGCUGCAGCUACUGCUACUCAAAGGAGCCUUGAACUUGAGGGACAUAUUCAGAAUUCAAUUGAAGCUGCAGAAGUGGCAAAAGCACAAUUGAGGGACCUAGAAACACGCUUCAUAGCUGCAGAGCAGAAGAAUGGGGAGCUUGAGCAACAAUUAAACUUAGUUCAAUUAAAAACCAGUGAUGCUGACAGAGAAGUGACUGAAUUGUCCGAAAAAAUAUCCCAUCUCAACGCUAAAUUGGACGAGGCCGAGGAAGAGAAGAAUCUUCUUAACCGCCAAUUGCAAGAGUACAUGGAAAAGGUAGUUCAACUUGAAUCAGACUUGAAUCAAUCAUCUCUGCGGAGUUCACAGUUAGAGAAGGAGCUGAAGUUAGUCAAUGACAAAUGUUCUGAGCAUGAAGACCGAGCCAGUAUGAACCAUCAGCGUAGCCGGGAACUGGAAGAUUUAAUCCAGAGCUCUCACUCCAAAUUGGAAGAUUCUGAUAAAAAGGUGAGUGAGUUGGAGUUGUUGCUUGAAGCCGAGAAAUACAGAAUGCAGGAACUUGAACAACAAAUAAGCGCAUUAGAAGAAAAGUGUAGUGUUUCAGAGGCACAAGCCAAUAAAUACGUAAAUGAUGUGUCGAAUUUGACAUCAGAACUAGAGGCAAUUCAGGCACGAACCUCAACCCUCGAAAUUACACUGCAAGCUGCUAAUGAAAGAGGAAAGGAGUUAGAAGAUUCUCUGAAUGCAGUGACGAAUGAAAAGAAAAAGUUAGAAGAUGCUUCAAACAGUUUGAAUGAGAAGCUUGCUGAGAAAGAAAAUGUAUUGGAAAUUUUGAGGGAUGAUUUAAAUCUUACACAAGUUAAAUUACAAAGCACUGAAAGUGAUCUCAGGGCUGCUGAAUUAAGAGAGGGUGAUAUAAUUGAGAAACUUAAAGCUUCAGAAGAAAAUCUUGUCAUAAGAGGAAGAGAUAUGGAGGAGACUGCUACAAGACACUCGGAACUUCAAUCGUUGCAUGAGUCUCUUACGAGAGAUGCAGAACAGAAGCUCCAAGAAGCUAUAGAAAAAUUCAGCAAGAAGGAUUCUGAGGUUCAGUCUCUGAUUGAGAAAAUUAAGAUUUUGGAGGAACAGAUGGCACAAGCUGGGGAACAGUCUACGUCCUUGAGGAAUGAAUUUGAGGGGAGUUUGAGCAAACUGGCUUCUUUGGAAAGUGAAAAUGAAGAUUUGAAACGGCAAAUUGUAGAAGCCGAGAGCAAGAGUUCUCAGUCUUUUUCUGAAAAUGAAUUAUUGGUUGGAACAAACAUUCAACUGAAAACCAAGAUUGAUGAACUUGAGGAAUCAUUGAACCGUGCACUAUCAGAGAAGGAAGCCACUACUCGAGAACUUGUGUCCCAUAAGAACAGUAUAGCUGAACUAAAUGAUUUACAAUCAAGAUCCACUGAAAUUCAAAGUGCAAAUGAAUCCCUAAUUCUAGAAGUAGAAUCACAAUUACAAGAAGCAUUGCAUAGGCAUUCUGAGAAGGAAUCAGAAACCAAAGAGUUGAAUGAGAAGCUGAAUACUCUAGAGGGCCAAAUAAAGCUUUUCGAAGAACAGGCCCGUGAAGCAGUUGCAACUUCACAAACUCAGAAAACUGAGCUGGAGGAGAGUCUGGUAAAAUUAAAGCAUCUUGAAACGGUCAUUGAGGAACUGCAAAACAAGUCACUCCACCAUGAAAAAGAAACUUCAGGGCUAAAUGAAGAAAACUCAAAGCUUAAUCGGGAAAUAGCUAUCUAUGAAUCCAAAUUAAGUGAUUUGCAGUCAAAUCUCUCUGCAGCACUUAUUGAGAAGGAUGAAACAGCUAAAGAGAUACUCAUCUCGAAGAAUGCCAUUGAAGAAUUAGUGACAAAGCACAGUGCAGAGGUGCAGACAUUGAAUUCACAGAUAUCUUCAGUGAUUGACGAGAAGAACUUGCUCAAUGAGACUAAUCAGGAUAUAAAGAAGGAACUUCAGUCCCUUAUACUUGAUCUUGAAGAGAAGUCGAAGGAACAACAGAAAAUUGAAGUCUCUCUGAGAUAUGAGAUCGAAAAUCUCAAAACUGAGAUUGCUGAGAAAUCUGCGUUGCAAAGACAGCUAGAGGAAAUUGAAGGGCAACUGACAAAAUCUGAAUCUAGACUAAAUGAAGAGGUUGAAAGUGUUCAAGCUGCUGCUUGUCAAAGAGAAGCAGAGUUAAAUUCAAAACUAGAGGACUAUGCACAAAAAUUCAAUGACAGAAAUGUGCUGAACGAGAAGGUUGCAGAACUGGAGAAAGAAUUGCAACUUGCACGGGAUGCUAUUGCUAACCAGAAAGGAGCAGAAUCUCAGAAGUUGGAACUAGAGACAACCCUGAAGAAUUCUGUUGAAGAACUUGAAAUUAAGAAAAAAGAUAUCUCUCUUUUACAGAAACAAGUGACAGAUCUAGAGCAGAAAUUGCAAUUGGCUGGUGAUAAAUCCUCAGUUAAGGGUGAUGAGGGUGUUGAUCAGAAAGAAGGGUUGGAAGUCAAGUCCAGGGACAUUGGAUCAAGCCUCUCGACUCCAUCAAAAAGGAAAAGCAAGAAAAAGUCAGAAGUAUCAAGUGCUCAAACAUCAUCUACGUCCGAGACUCAUGUUCAAAGUGGCCAGGAUUCGGCAGUCAUAAAUUUCAAGUUCAUCUUGGGAGUAGCUCUGGUUUCCAUUGUGUUUGGCAUAAUUCUUGGGAAGCGUUACUAG